UGGCUUUGCAUGUUGCCAAGUCGGCCUCCUCCGUCGCGCUUGGCUGCCCGGAGGCUCCUCUUCGUUCGUCCUUGCGCGGAUCUGGAGCUCAGGACGCUGAGCGCUGCUGCGUCGUCGGUUCUGUGGCGUUUCUGUAGGGAGAAUCUCUUCGGAGGCUCUGAGCCAUGCCUGCUGGUGUCAGUUGGCCUCGAUACUUGAAAGUCUUUACUGCAACCUUCUUGACCAUGCUUGCUGGUGCAGAAACCGUCCACAGAUAUUAUAAGCCUGAUCUUACACCAGAUAUUCCUCCGAAAGCUGGGGAGCUCAGCACAGAGAUGUUGGGUCUAAAAACUACGAACGAGCAAGUUCAGCCUUUACAACCACGGCCAUAAAAAAAUGUUGCAUCCCUCCAUAAACUGUUCCUUACUAGGAUUUAUAAUCCAGAUCUAUACAAAUGGACAAUCAUGACUAUUUAAAAGGACUUAUUUUAUACCUGUGUCCACUAAGAGUCCAAAUACUGCCUCUUCUACAGCCUGCUCCUUUUGUCCACUACAAGGGCAACCUCCUGCUCAGCCAUUGCGUUUGUUUCCAUGACCACCAGCAAUGCUUACUUCACUACAGUUCUCAGAGUGUGGCAAAUCUCCAUUUUUUUCCCUUUUCUUAAAAAGUUCUUCAGCCAGGUAUAUUGUGCUGCAGAGAAUGCUGGGAUGCCUCUUUAUAUAAUUAGUACAAUUACCAUUCAAAAAAGAAACUGUUCGGAAACAUGCUUCGCUAUAGGCCAAUUAAACAAGGUAUCCUGUUGAAGAUAGGUUUAGCCUCUGAUACUACUGUACUGUGAUAGUUUUCUGCAAAGCAAGGAUCCUGUGUCUGUCAUACGGUAACUACGCAAUUUCAUUUCAGUGGAUGGAUUUGUUCAAGAUGACUUUGAACAAUCAACUUCUCAUAUUAAAUACAAUGUCUAAAUAUA